AUGGAAGUCAAUAAUUCUACUGAAACUUUUACUGAAGGGCUAAUUCCAGCUGAUACGAUUCAAACCUUACACAUCAUAUUCUAUGGAGUCAUUGCCCCCCUCAUAAUUGGUUUUGGUCUUUUUGGCAACAUAAUCAACUUGAUGAUUCUACGCACGCCACUUUUAAAAGGAGUCACCUACAGCUACCUAAAAUUUCUCGCGAUAUCAGAUAUAAUAUCCUGCAUAUUUUAUAUCUCUCUAAUAUUUAAAAAAUUCAAAGUUCGUAUGCAUACAUAUGCUGCUGCUGUGUAUUAUGCCCAUUUUGAAAUAACUCUACUGAAUGCUUUUAUGGCUAGCAGCACUCUAUUAGUCACAGUUCUCACAGUGGAUAGAUUUUUUUCUGUAUGCUUGCCUGGCAAAUAUCAAGAUAUCCACAACAAGAGGAAAGCCAAAUAUGCAAUCGCAUUUGCAUAUAUUACUGCAUUAACACUGUAUUUUCCAGUUUUUUUCAUAAAUUACGUUGAUGUGGAUACAUCUCAACAAACAGGGGAGGGAAUAAAAUACACUGUAUUCAAGGAUAAGGUUUACAAAUCUCACGAAGUCUACAAAGCGUAUGUUGUCAUCAAAGAAAUGGGUGUACGCUUGAUUCCGAUAACAACACUGGCUGUCCUUAAUACACUAAUUAUAGUACGUUUCAAGAAAACAUUGGAAAAGCGAAAGGAGUUAAUGAGUUCACCCAAAGAAUCUCUCGAUCGGAAAAGUAAGAUGGAUCGAAAAAACUGCAAAGAAGAGCGCAGACUUGUUUGCAUGCUAGCGGGACUUGUGGUGCUAAUAUUUAUCGGAAAAACGCCAGCAUCUAUUUACAGUUUUAUUUGGCGAUAUUAUGACGCCAAGAAGAACUAUGGAUAUUUGUUGUUUACUUGCUUUGCAGAUACUUUAGAGAUUCUCAACCACUGCUUAAACUUUUGCGUUUAUUGCUGGUGCAGUUCAAAAUACCGAAGAGCGUUUAUAUCGCUCAUGACUUGCUACACGAUGCCCUCUGUUUUCAACUCAGCUUAUAAUGCAUCGACUUCUGGGAGCAACAGGCGGGAUUCAGAUGGUACGUCCGGAGGUAACUAAGCUUUUAAAACUUAGAUAUUUGGUAUACAAUAAAGUACCAGAAUUUUUCAGUCUCAGCUUAUAGUACAACGUCUUCUGGUGGCAACACAAGAAACAAAGAGUGUCUGAGAAAAUUAUGCUAAUGAAAACAUUUAAUGCAACAACUUAAGCUAUCUAAACUCUUUCUCAGUCUCAACGUAUAGUGCAAACGUCUUCUGGUGGCAACACAAAAAGCAAAGACAAAGUGUCUGUAAAAAUUAUACUUAUGAAAACAUUUAAUGCAACAACUUAAGCUAUCUAAACUCUUUCUCAGUCUCAACGUAUAGUGCAACGUCUUCUUAUGGCAACGCAAGAAACAAAGACAGAGUGUCUGUGAAAUAUAUACUUAUGAAAGCAUUCAAUGCAACAACAUAUUCUAACUGAACUCUUUCUCAGUCUCAGCUUAUAGUGCAACGUCUUUUAACAGCGACGCAAGAAGCACAAGCGGAUUGGUUGUUAAAAUUUUAGCUAUGAAAACGCUCAAUGCUACAAUAUAGGCAACCCAAACUCUUUUUCAGAUUAGCUAAUUAUGGAACGUCUUCUGAUGGUAAUAUAAGUGGAAUUUCUGUGGAAUUGUAAUUAUGAAAACGUUUAAUGUAAUAAUAUAAGCUACCCAAGCUAUUUAAGCUCUUCCGAUGACCCAUCGUGUUCUGAAGGCAACAGAAGGAGCACAGAUUGACCGACUGAGUGUUUGUGAAAAUUAAACUUAUUGAAACUUUUAAUGCAAUAGAAUAGGCUAUCCAAGUAAUUUUCAGCUCAACUUAUA